AUUACGAUAAAACUGAGUAGCGAAGAAAGAGACAUGUACUACUGGUUGGUGUGGACUCAAGGAGAAAAUGACAACAUGGAGGUUUACUUCGACGACAUCGUCCUACUAACAAAGAUACAGAUGCUCUCAAUGAAACCUCAUAGCCAUGUUUUUGAGAAGGUGGUUGACGCCUGGUCGUCAUACUUGAAUAACAUGGAAUUUUAUCGAGCACCGUCGUCACCGUCACGGGUGUUCAUGACCACUUUCCCAUGUUUGCACAGUUUCCUGAAUCAUACUCGCGAUUGGGAUCGUACUGCUGGAUUUCAUGAUUUCUGCCAAAGUGUUGAUUCUCAUGUCCAGAAUCUCACACAUUUCAAUUGGAAUGUGAUCGAUAUGGUGCUUUUUCCUAUGUACUCCAAACGACAUUAUUACCUUAUUAGUUUUGGACUGAAGACUGGAAAAAUGGACAUAAUUGACAACUGCCCCCCAUCCAAUGGAUUGAAAGAUCAUAGCAAGUAUGGUGACGACAUUGAGUUACUGCAAUAUUUUUUUAGUUCAUAUCUUGAGGGUAAGAAACAUAAAAUGCUAGCAAACAUAAUCAAAGGGUGCGAAAUUCGGAUCAUAAAUAUGCCAUGGCAAGGUACCGGAGGCAAGGAUGAUGAUGCUAUAUUCUUAAUGCGGCACAUGGAAACAUAUAUGGGCCAAAAGGUGAAGGAUUGGCAUAUGGGGCUUGCAAACAUAUCUAUGAAGAAUCUGCAAAAUAUGCGCGGUAAAUACUGCAAGGCCUUGCUGACGACAGACUUCAAUUACCAUUCUGUUGACAUUAAGGAUUGCGUGAAGAAAUAUUUCAAGGAUAAUAAAGAGAAGAGGACCAAGAUAGUUAAGUUUAUGGCAGAUUUGAUGUGCAAGAAGCCUAAGUGA